AUGUCUUCCCGCUUAAUGUCGAACGACUUGGUACCAAACGAUACCCUCUUCACAUAUUCAUCCGGUCGAUUCCUCUACAAUGAAGUAGCACGCCUUCGUGAACAACAUGUGAGAUUUGAUGUUGCUGCACUUGAAACUGCCAUCGCAAAGCAUGUUGGCCACGGAAAGGUCAAGCAACUUGUCAAACUAAGUGAAGGCGGUUUCAAUCGCGUGCUUCUAGCCACUAUGGAAGAUGGAUUUAAAGCAAUUGUCAAGAUCCCAUACAAGAUAUCCGUGUCGAAGACGUACGCAACCGCUAGUGAAGUCGCAACCCUUACAUUUCUUCGCUCGAAGGGCAUUCCGGUGCCAGAAGUCUACGGGUGGUCCUCCGUAAAUGAAAAUGGUGUUGGCACUGAGUAUGUUAUCAUGGAGCAUGCGUCCGAGGGUAGUGCGGAUACUCGCUGGUUCGACACGACAAAGUACCAGAAAAAGCUCUGGUAA